CUCUUCCUUCCCAUCCUUUCUCUCUCAUCCCUCUUGGCCCUUUCCCUCUGGCCUUUUUUUUCCUUUUGCUGUUUCUUUUUUAUGUUAUUGUCUUUCUUGUCGGUUGCCCCAUUUCCUUCCCAAAACCCUCACCAGCCCCCUUUUUUUCCUUUCUGAACCGCCCGACCGAACCUCUCCCCUCGCGCCCCCUGUCCGCGCGAAACCGCCCCUCCGUACCCUGGAUUCGAUCAUGUCCAGCAUCCGCAAUUGAACCUGCUGGAAUUGAUCCGGGACUCUUCUUCGCGUCUGAGACAUUGCUUCUUCCGCGUUUGUUUGUCCCCAGUUCUCGGACAACGUGCGACUGUCGCUGUCUGAUCCGCCCGUGGGCCACGGAGAGAAGAGAGGGGACUCUAGAACACUGCAGUGCAGCUGGUGAGGCUGACCGUUGACACUCGGUGAGUGCGACCGAUCGCCCAACUCUUUGCCCCCAAUCUUCGUCGCCCAACACCCUCCGGGAGAGCUCUGGUGUUUCGACGCGCCGUGCCCGUCGCAAUUGGUCUUUUCGUCCUUUCCGAUCAAGUGCCUGAUCGAGGGCUGACGUGGACCAACUUAAAAGUCCCGGAACUUGGUGCUUUCAAUCUGAAGCCAAUUCGUGAGGCAGGCCCCAACCAGCUUCCUCUGCUAUGAGCACUUCUCAUCCUCAGCCCCUCCCUCUCCCUGCUCACGCUGCACCAACCUCGAGUCAUACCACGCCAUCCCCACAGAAGCAUGCGCGCAACAACUUUCCCGACAUGCUAAGCUCCCCGCCGGUUCCUCCUCCGAGGACUUCCUCUGCCCGCCGCAGCCCCAAUGGGGAAAAAAGCUCGCGACACAGCAAAAGUCGAUCUGACCGCAAGGAGAACCGCGACCGACCCCGUGAGGACCGCAAUGGAAAGAGUCGAACCCGGCGACCAGACCCUCCAGAAGAAACGACUCGAGAAUCGGGCAGGUCACGAGAAGUACCGGAGUCGACUUCUCGGGUAAACCACGAUAUGGAGGACGGCGCGAGCCAGGAAUUGGUGCGAGAGUCUAGCGCGGUCAUCAAUUCGGUGCUGGUCAGCGAUCCCGUGGUGGACAUGGAGAGAGAGCUGGUGCGGCAAAUGGGUGGCUCAGAUGCCGCCGCCGUUGCCGUGGAGGCCAAUUCCUCCAGCUAUGGCGCACCUGGAAACGAAGGCGCUGAAGAGGGAGCCCGUACUGGGCAUCGCAGCCGACACGACUACAGCAACAACGGGAAAGAUCUCAAGCGCAAGGAGACUACCUUCGGCACCUACAUUCUCGGUCAAACCCUCGGUGAGGGUGAGUUUGGAAAGGUCAAGUUGGGAUGGAAACGAGAUGGAAGCAUCCAAGUCGCCAUCAAAUUGAUCCGAAGGGAAUCUCUGGGAUCGAACCCCAGCCGGCUACCCAAGAUCUACCGCGAGAUUUCCAUCCUGCGCGAGCUCGCUCAUCCAAACAUUGUCCGUCUACAUGAGAUGGUUGAAACGGACCGCCACAUUGGUAUCAUCAUGGAGUACGCGUCGGGUGGUGAAUUGUUCGACUACAUCCUGAACAACCGUUAUCUCAAAGACAACUCGGCGCGCCGAUUGUUUGCGCAAUUAGUGUCAGGUGUAGGGUAUCUGCACAAAAAGGGCAUUGUUCACCGAGAUCUGAAGCUGGAGAAUCUCCUGCUGGACCGGAAUCGAAACAUCAUCAUUACUGAUUUCGGAUUCGCAAAUACCUUUAAUCCCAUCGAUCAAUUGGAGGAGGAGAUUGAGUACAACUUGACCAACAAGGAGUACGUGAAGCGCAAGCGCCUGGACAAGCUGGGUCCCGAUGGGCUGCGUCGGGGAGACCUGAUGCAGACCAGCUGUGGAAGUCCCUGCUAUGCAGCUCCAGAGUUGGUUGUCAGUGACUCGCUUUACACUGGUCGAAAGGUCGAUGUUUGGAGCUGUGGUGUGAUUUUGUACGCCAUGCUCGCGGGCUAUUUGCCGUUCGACGAUGAUCCAGCCAACCCGGACGGUGACAAUAUCAACCUCCUUUACAAGUACAUUGUCACCACGCCUCUGACCUUCCCCGAAUACGUCACUCCUCAUGCCCGUGAUCUCUUGCGACGGAUUCUGGUUCCCGACCCCCGAAAACGUGCCGAUCUCUUUGAGGUCGCUCGCCACAGCUGGCUGAGUGAGUAUGCACACAUUGUGUCGCACAUCACCAGCAGCACUACCAAUGUGGCAGACAUCGCGAACUCAACAGUACCAGCCGAACCCAAGAAUGAAGCGCCGGCACUCGCACGCAGUGCCUCAGUUCGCGAGCCACCCAAGACCAGCCAUGGCUCCGUCCCCGCUGUUGGCGGACUCAACCACCAUGCUGGUGAUAUUUCACAGGGAUCGCCAAGCGACAAGUCAAAGACAUCUCGUGAUGCUAAGCGCAGAACGGUGCAGGUUGAAUAUGUCGCUCCACAGUCUCAAACAACAAGAGGAGAGUACCAGGAGACUUCGGAAUCACAAAGCCGGGGCACUACCAAGCAGGAGGAGCAAGCGCCUGCGCCACCGGUCAAGGAUACAACCACUCGAACGGCACCGAAGCCUCCUGUCAACUACGACAAGCCAUUGCCUGGUCACUUCCCUCGAUCUACCUCGGACAAUGCCGCAUUCACUGGAACACACACAACGGCCACCGCGGGGCUCUCCACCACGAGGCCGACGACGGGUGGUUCCAUCGCAUCUUUCCAUACUGGUCGCCUUCCAUCCCGAGGCUCCUAUGGUCAGCCCGUGGCUCCUACUGUCACGGCGACCAACACCGAAGGUCGACUUGCACAGCCAAAGAGUGGCCAAUUCUCCCUUGCGCAGAACCCGGCGCAGGCAUCAACUGCUUCCAUUGGCCGUCCCAGCACACAACAACUUCCUUCCGCAUUCAACCCGACUCCUCGGCAAGAGCCUCCUAAGGGUCACAAGCGCUCAAACACUGUCUCAAGUAUCGGAGAAAAGCUGUUUGGCCGCUCUGGGUCACUCCUGGGUGGUCGCAAUUCGCAGUCAAACGCGACAUCUCGUGGGGAUCGCCAAAACAAGCGGUAUCCCCCUACGAGCAUGAAGGAGCCUUUGCCUCGGGAAGAUUCUCGUGUUUCCAUGGAUUCCCGGAGGUCAAUGCAAUACUCGCAUAGUCGCAAAGCGAGCCAGGCUGGCGAAGGCCGCGCCCGUCGUUUCUCUCUGCUUCCAUCGUCUUUCUCCUUCCGGAACUUCUCUGGUCGAGACCAGACCCCGGAGGAGGUAUCCCAAACCCCGCGCACAUUGGAACCAGUUGGACCGCAGCGCCCAGCUACUGGUCCAGCCCAGACCCGACCUCGCGCAACGAGCUAUGGAACACAAGAAGCCAUGGGUAUGGUCAGUGAAGGGCCUGCGGAGGAGGCAUUCGACAACAAGGACUCCGAGCCUUUCAGCUACGAGGCCCAGAUUGACCAACAAUUCGCCGAGCUGGGCAACCGAUUCGACCAGACCCAGGAUUCCUUUGGCGCCAUUUCAUCCGAACAGGUCUAUCAAAAUGACGAAGGGUAUCAGGGCCAUAACUACACUUACUCGUCAAAGCCGAAUUACUACGAUGAUUACAGCGGCACCUACGACAACAUGCCCCGUCAGUCAAUGCAGGCGGGUAGGCGCGGGCCUCAUGUCCUGCAGAAGAGCCACCGCAAAUUUGCCGAUGCUUACGAGUACGAGCGGGACGGAUCCCACCAUUCAGGCAGCUCUGGUGCGGCCAGGAAAGUUAUGGACUUCUUCCGCAGACGAGCCAAGUCUCGUGCUGGUGAUGACCGAUAGUUCCAAUUGUACAAUGUCUUGUCGACUUUUGUUUGAAUAAGUGAUCGACUCCAACAAGCCUCGCAAUGAGUGAAAUCCUCGGAUGGAUGACACCACCAAAUCCCCACCCGCCUUGCUUCGAUACAAAGCGCAAACUCAAUUACAUCUUUGCUGCGCUCAAGGCAUUAAUUUUUGCUUCCUCCCACGCCCAAACUCGAGUGAGAAAAGAAGAAAGCAGCGAGGUUGUUCGAAUACCCCCAUGUGAUACCCUGCUUUUGUUUCAAGUUUUUUUCUACAUUCUGUGCAUGGAGCGAAAUUCUUCAUCAUCCGUUGGGUGUUUGAUUAAUUAUCUAGCAUGUUCAUUUCCUUUGUCAGAAUACAUUUUCCUUAUUUUUCUCUGUGUGUGUCUUUUCUUUUCUCAUUUGGCUAAUGUGUCCCCGUUUUUUUCGGGGUUCCUCUAUUUCUCUUCUUGUUUGAUUCAAGCCACCAUGUUCAUUUCUCCUGUCAUUAUUAUCUCUGACUGUAAAGUGGGACCGAAAUCGUGACCUUCUUCAGAGCUUUACCAUCCCCUUUUUUGUCCCAUCAUUGCGUGAUCCAUUCAUUUGCUCAUAUCAUCCCCAUUGCCCCAUGUUCUUCUAGGCUCUCUGUCUUAUACGGGAGGUGGUUCUUUUGAACGAUAAUUCAAUUUUUGAUGUUGAGUGGCA